AUGAAGUUAGCAGCUACUCUUUUGACCUUCGCCGAAGGAGCUUGGAAGGACAAAUGGGAGAAUCAAAUAAGAGGACGAUCACCAGCGACUGCGGCGGCUUGCACUGCGGCUAUGAUUGAGGAGACCGCGGCUUUGCCGAUCGUUAAUGGUGAAUGGGACUGCCCAACGCUAGGACAAGAUGUUUCCACGAUGGUUUGCUCAGCGAAAUGCCUCGUCGGAGAGAAAAAUUGGAAGAAGGCUUCGAUUCAGGCAAAAUGCAAAUCCACCCCGAAAAUCAAGCGAAAACUCAGCACUGAGAACCUGAUCUGUGAGGAAAAAGUCGAUCUCUGCGAGGAAGCGCUCUCAUCCAUGGACAUUCUUAUGGGCUCCCUGAAUCUAGUCAGCACCCACCCUAAAAAGGGAAAUACCUACCGACUCGUCUGCGACGAUGGAGAGGAUCUGGGCGCGGUCAAGUGCAAGAAUGGCAAUUUCAAGUCGAAAAUCAACUCAUUCGAAACUGCUUGCGACCGAUUUGUCUGCAACGAGGAAGAUGCCUUCGAAAACUUCCCGAUUGGCGAGGGCGAGUGGAGAUGUUCCACCAAAAAAGGCAAAAUUACUUGCAGUGGAAAGUGCUUCUGGGAAGAAUCUGCACCGAUUCGUUUCAAAACUCGCUGCACGCCAAACGAUGGCUGGUUCAUUUUCAAAAAUGAGAAGUUUUCUGAUGACUUCUGCGAAGAAGAGCCAACAACAACUACGGAAUUUACUUCAACGACUACCGAUGCAACCACAUUCACAACUGGUCCAAGUACAACAACACUUGCAACAGAACCGCCUUUCACUACCCCAGAUCUAUCCGAUUUCGAAGCAUUGACAGAUGUGAUCACUCCUGGCCUUCUUACCUGCGCCCGCGAAUCAAACUUCGGAAUCGACGACGAAACUCGUGGAUCUUCAAAGAUCGUUGGAGGAGUAACAGCAGCAGAAAAUGCAUGGCCCUUCAUCGCCAGACUUUUUAUCAAAGAUGAUCCAGAUAGCCUCACUGGUUUCAGAUGCGGAGGAACAGUAAUUGACAAUAACUGGGUUUUGUCCGCCGCUCAUUGUUGCGAGGGCGCGGUGUCGAUCAAAGCGGUUUUUAGUGAUUUGAGCAGCAGCGUCUUCGAAAGCGGCCAAUUUGAUCUCACUGCUCAUCACUUCGUCAUUCACCCCGAUUACGAAGGAAAAGGAAAUGAUAUCUGCUUGAUCCAUUUCACGGAAGAUAUCGUUGCCAGUGACAAUGACGGUGAUGUCAAGAUUGCUUGUCUCCCAGAAGAGCCUGUUGAACAUGGAAAAGCCUGCUGGGUUGCCGGAUGGGGAACGACUUCCUCUGGAGGAUCAUUGUCCAGCGAUCUCCUUCAGGUCGGCGUCAACGUAAUGGAUCAGGACUACUGUCUCGCCAAGUCCUUCAUCGCUAGCCUCGAGGGAGACGACAUCUGCGCCGGUAUUCCUGAUAUGGACGGCGAUCAUCUUGUUGACGGCGGAGCAGACGCUUGCCAAGGUGACUCUGGAGGACCUCUUCUUUGCAAUGUUGAUGGACGAGCCACACUUGUUGGUGUCGUUUCACGCGGAACAGGUUGUGCGUUGCAGGGAUGGCCAGGAUUGUACUCUUCGGUUGACAGCUCCAUUGACUGGAUUCAAGAAACUGUUGCUAGCUUCAUGCCGACAACUUCCACAACGACAAGCACUACUACUUCGACAACUACAAGUACUACCACUACUACAAAAACAACGACCACCACAACUACCACUACAACAACGACGACAACAUUGACCACGACUACCACCACUACCACUACCACUACCACCACUACCACCACCACUACCACCACGACUACGACAACGACGACCACAACAACGACCACAACCACCACCAAGACAACGACGACGUCGACCACAACAUCGACAACUACCACCACCACCACCACGACUACGACGACCACGACGACGACUACUACGACGACUACAACUUCUACAACUACAACUUCAACAACAAUCACCACAACCACAACUACAACUACCACAACUACUACAACUACUACUACUACGACAACCACAACUACGACAACUACAACGACUACAACCACUCCUCCUGAAUUCGUCCCUCUUACAAACUCCAUCACCGCUGGACUCGACACCUGUACUGACUCCUCCAAUUUCCCAACAGGUGGACGAAAGAAACGUGCCCGCAUGUCAAAGAUUGUGGGCGGAGUUACCGCAGAAGAUAAUGAGUGGCCAUGGAUCACUAGACUUUUCCUUGCUCAAACAGUUGGUGGCACAAGUGGAUUCAGAUGCGGCGGAAGUAUCAUCCACUCGAACUGGGUUCUAUCAGCUGCUCAUUGCUGCGAGGAUAUGGCGGAAAUCACUGCGACUUUUGGAGAACUUUCAGUGAAUGAUUUUGACUCAAACGAGUACAGCCUAUCUUCAACAACCUUCUUCAAUCACCCUGAAUACGGAAACUCAAGUGACGGAAACUCGAUGAAUUCUGACUGGUGCCUUAUCAAAUUCGACGAUGAUAUCCUCGCUGCUGAUCCAGAGGGAAAGACUCGUAUGGCUUGUUUGCCAACUGAGGAACCAGAGCAUGGCGCAGGUUGCUGGGUUGCUGGAUGGGGAGCUACUUCUUUCGGAAGUGGUACUUCUUCUGAGCUCUUGAGCACUGGUGUCAAUGUUAUGAGCCAAGAGUACUGUCUUCUUAACAGGAUCGUUUUAUACAAAUUUUAA